AUGCCAGCUCAAGGUGUCAGACAUAUCAUAAGGGAGAUGAAGUUAUUCAUUUUUGCCACCUGCCUGCUGGCUUUCGCAGCCGGAGAUGUUUCGCAUUUGCCGCUGGAACUCCUGGAGGAGCAUCAUGAGCAUGGCUAUGGCUAUGACUACCCCAAGCCGGAGAUACCAUUUGUGAUUACCACGACGACGGAGCCACCACCGCCGCCACCACCACCGACUUAUCUGCCACCCAAACCAGUGCCCACUUACCUUCCCCCUCCUCCACCCACGACCACUACUACUACUACUACCACCACUCCCGCUCCCACUACUACCACCACCACCACCACCACUCCCGCUCCCACUCCUGCUCCAACCUACCUUCCUCCUCCACCACCCCCACCGCGCACCACCACUACCACCACCACCACCACAACCACAACGACACCUGCACCCACGCCGGCGCCCACCUACCUGCCACCCCCACCACCACAGCCGGAACCGGGUUACCACUACGAUGUGCCCGCCCAAGAGUUCACCUUCUGA